AUGUUUGAUGCUCAGCCUCUUCCAACUAGACCGAUUUCUGGGCAAUUCAUUCGAAAUUCUCAAAUUAGUCAUCCCCCAGUAUUAAUGACCUUGGGCGGAUACAACCCUUUAGCAAGCGGAAAUUGAAAUGAUUAUGGCUUUGGGAAAGUUCGAGAAACGAGAUUUAUUCAAUCAAACUCUUUCAGUGGGAUAAUAAAGAAUCCUCCCCCAGCUACAAGGCUGUAUUUCCCUUGUCCUAAAUGCUCAAAUCAGUGUUAUGACGGCGGAUUGUGUAAGAAAGUUAUAUGCAGAUGUGGGAAAUUUAUUAUGAGGGAUGAAAAUGAUACCAUUUCAGAGCUGCCUACUCUCAUUUCUGACGGUUUUCAAGACGUCUUUGCAAUAUGCAACAAUACUCUACCUCCUAAUACAAGAUUUCCUGAGCUGCAGUCAAUUACUUUAGGAAUAUUUCGAGAAAAUCUUCCAUUAACUUUAUUAUCAGGUGGCAGAGUAAACUUCAAGAGUAUUUUUAUUCAGUUUUUGGCUCCUUAUUUUUUAUCCCGUUUACGAUGUUUAGGAGUCGGGGAUUAUUUUAAAUGUGAAAACGUGAAAUUCAAAGUUUUGGGCUGCCGCUCUAACUUUGGACUAAUUACUCAAAAUACAGUAAUAAACUGCUAUGACAUAUUGACCGAAAAUCCAGUUCAAAAAAUACAGAUUUUGCCUAUCUAUCCUUCGCAGAUAAACCCAACGAUAUUUUCAAAUGUUUUUCGAAAUUACUUUAAUAGUAGCCAAAGGCAUUUGCAUACAAACCAAUAUCUUUACUUGAAUAACAUGGAAUAUGUGGUCACUGCCAGUGAGCCUAUGAAUGGACUUGUCGGAGGAGAGACGCAAUUUUUCUUGGAAGGGGAGCCUCUCGUACAUCUUCAAAGUGUAUCCUUUUCAUGCUACAUUGAAGAUUUGCCUAUUCAGUAUCACAGAAUGGCCAGAAAUGCUAUUAUUUAUGAAUUAGUUAAUUGCUAUGUAAUCCCUUAUUUCCAAGGAAUGAAGCGGCUCGUAUGUCAAGGGCAAGUUUUAUCCAUAAACGGGCUGGAUUUUAUUAUUGCUUCUUGCUUUCCUCAAAAAGGACUGAUCAUGGAUAACACACAUAUUAUUUUUGACUGUUCUUUACGUGCGAGGAAUCCUAAUUUAGCUUACGUGCUAGAAAGCAGUCGUGUAUGGCUGAAUUCUGGACUAAUUGACAUGGACGUGGCACUUGCUGAACUGGAACAAAGCAUUGAAACGAUAAAUUCUCAUCGUGUAAGAGCUGCCCCAAGAGAUUUAGUUGAAACUUUUCCUAUUAGAGAAAUUAGGCAGAACGAAGAAGGGCUGGAUAGAUGCACAGUGUGCUACUGUGAGUAUGAGCCUGGAGAUAAAAUCAAAACUUUGCCAUGCAGUCAUUUUUACCACGAUUUUUGCAUUGACCAGUGGCUUAAUCGGAGUAAUGUAUGCCCAUUGUGCAAGUAUAAAAUUGAAUAG